CAGCGUUGACUUCCCUUAGGCUUACAACCUUCAAGCUGACUUACUUCACAUCGAAACCCUGUCGCAAAAACACCGGAGCUUAAGAUACUGGUACAAAAUCCGUAUAUAUACUCGGUAUCGACAUACGAGGCAAAGGUCUUCGAGAAACAGCUGCGCAUUGCGGUUGUCGCAAAGCGAACCUGGAGAGCGACGUAGAGUCAUCCAUACCGAUCAGCGAAUAAUAAGGUCUAGUCAGGUUCUUGACUAGCAAUUUCUGCAGAAAAGCUUUGUUUUCAUACAAAUAGUUGCAUAACAUGUCUACAUCGUCGAAUACACCGGCUCCUACGGCCUCAAUGGCCAUCGAUGAUAUGGAUGUCGACUCAGGCGUCAAGCCCUCCACAAUUAACAAUCCCACCACGAUAGACGACGACGACGAUGACCCCGUCACCGCAACAUACAACGUCUUUAUCAACCCAUCUCUACCUUUAGGUCGCCGUCUUCUUGUUCUCCAACAUCCAAACCGAACCGAUGACUCUCCACGACCUCCACCAACCGAAUUGCGGGUGAAGGCUCAAGCUGGCAUGGUUGAAGUCGAUGUUCCCCUCGACAACACAGUCGCCUAUGAUCGCGAGAAGGGACAAAAAUGGGGAAAGACUUUACAUGCUUCCAUGGCGACGAAGAAUGGCGGCAGCCAUGGCCUGGCUGGUGGAUUUGGCUUUGGUACGGUCCAGGCUCGAGGUGGCAGGAAAAAGGCCGAGGAUGAACAGGAGAACAUGGACUGGGCAGAGGCCGUUAGGCAGGAUAAAGUGCUCCGGAUACAGACCCUUGGUGGGCAGUAUCCUGAGUAUAAGGAGGUUCAGCAUAUGGUCGGUGUCUUUCAAGGCAAGGACUUACAUCUCACACCUGUGUCAUCGCUUGUCCACCUACGCCCACAACUUCACCACAUCGACGCAACCGUCCAACAAGCACGACAAGACGCAGCUACUAAGGAGUCGGCUCCCAGUACUGCAGCCGGCACUGCUCGCGCAAUUCAUAUGACUGUCAAGGCUACUGGCGAUGGCGAUACUGUCACCACCGAAACUAUGGCUGAUCGUCUACGAGCUGUGCAGACAGAGCAUUGGCGAACUAUGCACUACACAGAUGAGAACGAGGAGGCUGCCUGGGAGGUUUAUAACGAAAGCCUCUUCCUGCGCCCUACUCAAGAGGAGGCCGCAGAAGAAGCAGAGAAAGCCGAUGAUGCGGAGGACAAUGAGCCACCCCUUGAGGAGUCAGUGCCAAAGUUCGCCCGUCGGUGGGAUGAUGACGAGCUUCUUGAAGCUGUUAGUGGCAUAAAGAAGCCACAGCCGACAUCAGAACCUGUUAAAGAAGAUCUCAAGCCAAUUGCCCCCGCUAAGCAGCCAGAGCAACCUGCGCCAGGGGCGGACGAGGCACGAAAGCCCAAGCUUCGACCACGAGGUGGAGCGGCGGGAACCGUUGCUCGACGGGGAGGUAGACCUCGAGCUACAGCUUCAAAGACGGCCAACGUUGAUGGAUGAAGAGUGAAAAUUUGGUGCUAGAAAUAAACUCAGGGGACUAAGUAGGUAGCAUGGGACGGCGCAAAGGAUCUAUCAACUUUAUAUAAAAAAUUCAAAGGUCACCGUAUAGAAAAGCUUUGCCAAACACGCGUAAAAUUUGCAAAUACGAUAUAAC